CGGCGUUCGGAGAUAAUGAUAGAAUAUAAGUAUUCUUGGGAACAUCCGCCAAACCCUCAACUAACUUAACUUCUACAGCAGUAAAAAAAUCCCACCUCGCCAUCAUGCUUCCCCUAAUCACCCUCGAAGAACACUACGUCUCCGCCAAAGCCCGCGAGGCAAGCCCAGAAGCCCGCGCGCAUUAUGCCAAUUUCCCACCCCACAUCCUCACCAAACUCGAGAAUCUAGGAGACGAACGGAUCCUAGAUCUCGAUAAAGGGAACGUAUCGCUGCAAGUCAUAUCCCACGGCCCCGGAAAUCUCUCUUCCCCCACCUGCGCGGCCAUAAACGACGAUCUAGCGUCCGCGAUCGCGAAAAACCCCACUCGACUGGCCGGGUUCGCGAUGCUGCCGAUGAGUGAACCCGCCGCCGCCGCCACAGAGCUCGCGCGCUGCGUGACGGAGUUGGGCUUUGUGGGCGCCUUGGUAGAGAAUCAUCUGGACGGACAAUUCUACGACGAUGAUCGUUUCUGGCCCGUCUUUGCGAAGGCGCAGGAGCUGGGUGUCCCGAUCUAUAUCCACCCGACGUUUGCAUCGGACUCCAUGAUGGAGCAUUAUAAGGGGAAUUAUAGCGAUUCGGUUGCGCUUGCUUUGAGUGCCUUUGGUUGGGGAUGGCAUGCGGAGACAGGGCAUCAUGUUAUCAGGCUCUUUGCGAGUGGGCUCUUUGAUCGCUUUCCGCGGUUGAAGAUUGUCAUCGGGCAUAUGGGGGAGAUGCUCCCGUUUCAGAUCGAUCGCGUAUUCGCGGUAUCGGAGCGGUGGGGGGAAAGGCAGCGGAGUUUGAGAGAGGUUUGGAGGAGGAAUAUCUGGAUUACCACCAGUGGCAUGUUCUCCCUGACGCCACUGGCGUGCCUGUUGCAGACGACGGAUAUUGAGCAUGUCUUGUAUAGUGUCGACUAUCCGUUCUCGACCAAUGAGAAGGGGCUUCAGUUCUUCAAGGAGAUUGAGAAGAGCGGAUUGAUUGCGGAGAAAGAUCUGGAGUUAUUUGCUUACAAGAAUGCAGAGGCUUUACUGGGUAUUAAAGCGAGAAGCUCAUGA